UGAUAGUUAUUUAAAAUAAAUAAAUGAUAUAUUCAUAUGUAUAAAUUUUUUUAAUUUUAGUAGAUGUGUACAACUGGCCUUGUACGUUAUCUACAUAAGAUACAAUAUAUGAAAUUAUCUACAAAGUAUUUAAAGAUUCUCUAUAGUAUAUCUCUAGUAAAAUUAAUAUUGAUUUAGGGAUAACAUUAUCAUAUUCAAAUUCUUGCUGUGACUCGUGUAUCUGUCAGAUAAAACAGGUUUUAUCUGACAAAUCUGAAUGAUUAAGUUGAUAAAACUAUGAAAAUGAAUUCAUUUUAACAUUUUAUUUGUCUGCAUAAGGUCAAUCAGGAAAUUCAGCAUAAUUAGCUGCAAACAGAGGCUAACUUGCAUCCAAAUUGGUCCAAGAUAUCUACAUAUUCCUAGAAAUUCAUCAAAAUGACAACGAUUAACAUCAAAGAAUAUUUAAAAAACAGAUCCAGCUAUAUGCAUUUACUCAUCGUUCUGUUUGGUAUAUCUGCUUGGAUAGGUGUUAAUGGAAUUUUUGUACAAUUACCAAUACUCAUUCAUUGUUCUCCUGAAGGUUCAGCUUUACCAACUUAUAUAGUAAUAGCAAUACAAAUGGCUAAUGUGGGACCAAUAAUAUAUACAUUUUUACAACAAAUGCAAAUUAAAAUAAAUGAAUUUUUAUCUAUAUUAGGAAUUCUUAUUAUAGGAAAUAUUUCUAUGGCACUUUUAAUAUUUUUUUAUAACAGAACUGUUGUUAUAUCAAAUUCAGAAUAUAGUUUAGCAUUAUUUAUUUUAACAUUUUUUACGGCACUUGUUGGGUGCUUCAGUUCUGUGCUAUUUAUGCCUUAUCUUCGCAAUUUUAAAAAAACAUAUAUGACGUCAUAUUUUAUUGGUGAAGGAUUAAGCGGUGUGCUACCAAGUUUAGUUUCAUUGAUGCAAGAUAUUGGAGAAAAUACAAAAUGUGUCACAAAUAGUAACAUUACAUCAAAAGAAAUAAUUUCUAAUUUUAGGUUUUCUCCAUUAUAUUAUUUUCUAUUUAUCUUUCUUGUUCUAUUCCUAUCUCUAAUUGCAUUCAUUAUAUUACAAUAUUUUUCAUUUCAAGAUAUCAAACAAAAUUAUCAAGAGAAUAAAAAUAGUCAGGAUAAAAUACAAGUUACACAUUAUAAUAUUAAAGAUAAACCUAUUUUUGCUUCCAAUAAUUUAUGUUUAGAAAAUGAUCAGACAAUUAAACAUUCUUUAUCAAAUGACGAAAGCAAAAAUGCAAAAUGUCUUAAAGUAGAUUACAAAAUGUCUCUUUAUAAAAAAUUGUACUUACUUAUUUUAAUGAGCUUCCUUUGUUUCUUUGGUAAUGGAUUUUUGCCAAGCAUACAAUCAUAUUCUUCUUUACCAUAUGGAAAUAUAACAUAUCAAUUGUCUGUUACUUUAGCACAAUUUGCAAAUCCAAUUGCAUGUUUUAUAACAUUUUGGAUUAUACCAUCAAAUUUAAAUAUUAUUCAUUCUUUAUCAACAAUAAUAUUAAUACUUUGUAGUUAUGUUACAUAUGUAGCACUGAUGUCUCCUUUUGUACCUCUCCAAGAAUCUAAAAUUGGUGUAAUAAUUAUAUUAAUAUCGUGGACUAUUCUUAUAGGAUUAAUUUCUUAUGUGAAACUUAUUAUUAUUUCAAUAUUUAGACAGGUACAAAAAGAAAAUAUUCUUUUUUAUGUUGGCAUUAUUAUGCAGGGAGGUUCUGCAAGUGGAGCAAUUAUUUCAUUUACUUUAAUCAAUUUCACAAAUCUUUUCCAUACAUAAAGAAAAAACAUAUAUAUAUAUACAAACUUUCCAUCUGUAUAAGUUCACAAAUUAUUUAUCAUUGUUAUAAUAGACGUUUCAAAGAAAUAAGGACAAUACAAAAAUUAAAUUAAUUAAAAUGUAUGAUAAAAAAAUAUUGAAUAAACAUAUUAUAAAUGUAUUAUAAAAAAAAAAGAAAGAAAAAAAGUCAUGACGUAUAUAUAAUAACAGAGUUUACAUGUGCAGAGUUCAAAUGUAAUCAACAAGUUCAAAUAAUUCAAUAUUUAGCAUGUUUAAAUUAACUUGUCAUUUUAUAUAUCAUCUAGGCAAACACACACAAAUAUUUUAUUCAACAGAUAUAAACACAUAAAAUCAUAAACACCAUGAAAAUAAUGUCGUUUACAUUUGAUAUAUUUAAUUGUUAAUGAUUAAGCAUAUAUGUCAAAUUUUUAAGGUGAUGUUUACAAAAAUUAAAGGAAUUUAUAUAUCGUGUUAUUAGAUUUAUAAUAUUGUUCAUUUAAAAUAUAAUUUUCUGACAACGUUGUUACGAUUUUAAUUAUUUUUAUUAAUAAAUUGGCUCAUGCCUA